CAACCGUUCAUGUUAACAUGGGGUAGUCGAACUGGUCUACCAGAAUUUUUUUCCCGUACAAAACAAGAACAACCACGCCCUCGCCAUCUCGGUAUGAGAGUCGAAUAUUUUAUGUUGUGAAUUCCGCUUUUUUAGCUGCGAAUUUUCCUUUAAAGAAUAAACAAACCGGAUUAUUUGUUGGUCACCCCCUUUGAGAGACAACCGCCGAAUCUUUGACGUGAAACUCCCAAGUCCGAUGUGCGCUUCCGCGUUGCCGUCAGGCGUGCGGUCAGAGACGGAGGAUGAGCAACCACAAAUGUAGCACUUUGUAUCAGAAACCACAAGGACGGACGAGAAUUCUUCAAUCUAUCUAUGUGGUUGGCUUCAUGGACUUGUUUGGGGUGAGCAUGAUCAUCCCGCUGUUGAGCCAUCACGUCAAAGCGCUCGGAGCAAGUCCGACUGUUGCUGGCAUUGUUGGGUCCACAUAUGGCGUCUUACAGUUGUUCUCAAGCACAGUUGUGGGCAGCUGGAGUGACGUGGUGGGUCGGCGUCAGUCUCUGUUGACCUGCUUACUUCUGAGCGCUUUCGGCUACGCCCUGCUGGGAAUGUCCACCAGCAUCACUUUGUUUGUGCUCUCACGGAUCCCCGUGGGAUUGUUCAAGCACUCCCUGUCCAUCUGCAGAGCCCUGCUGUCCGACCUGGUGUCUGAGGCAGAGCGCCCCCUGGUGAUGGGACACUUCAACGCCGCCUCCAGCGUGGGCUUCAUUCUGGGGCCCGUGGUGGGCGGCUACCUGACGGAGCACGAGGGCGGCUUCUACACCUCCGCACUCGCGUGUGCCGCCAUCUUCCUCAUCAAUGCAGGGCUUGUCUGGCUGCUUCCAUGGGACCACAUUAUCCUACAUUGUAACGCCACCAAUAACCCCAGCAAAUCAAUCAGCAACGGUUGCUCAACCAAGAGCCACGUCUCAGCACGGACCUACCCAGAUGUUGCGAGGACGCGGCCGUCCUCCCAGCAGCCUGCCUGGCGCCAGCUGUCCUCGGUGGGCUCCAGGAUCCGCAUGGUGGCCUUGUCCGACAUGUGGGACCUGUUCCUGGUGCGCCUGCUGAUGGCCGUGGCCAUCAUGCUGUACUACAGCAACUUCUCGCUGGCCAUGGAGGAGCGCUUCUCUCUCAAGCCCAAGACGACAGGCUACCUCAUCAGCUACAGCAGCACUCUUGGCGCGCUGGCCGGCUUCCUGGUGGGACCAGUCACCAAGCUCUACGGAAACAACAUGGCAGCCCUGCUGCUGCACUCCACUCUCCUGACGUGUCUGCUUAUCACGCUGUACGCCACCGCCCAGGGCGUGUGGCAGGUGCUGCUCACCUCCACCUUCUUUGCCAUCUCCACCACAGUUGGGCGCACCAGCAUCACCGACCUGGAGUUACAGAGAGGCGGGGCGCGGGGUAGCGGGACACUGAUCGGCGCCGGACAGUCGGUAACGGCCGUGGGUCGCGUGCUGGCCCCGUUACUCUCAGGUGUCACCCAGGAGUUCAGCCCGUGCGGCCCCCCCAGUCUGGGGGUGCUGCUGGCUCUCGCAGCGGUGGCCGUGCUUCUUGUUCGAAUCCCUAAAUGGAGCAAGAUGGGGGGGAUAAAAAUGGCAACUAAAAUAGAGUAACAAGACCAGACUUUUCUUCAAAGCACUGAACUUUUGUCCUCAUACUGUACAAUUUUGUUCAGAGGGGGGGGGGGGGGGGGGGUAUAUAUUUAAAACUAUUUUUAUGGCUUGACAUUCGUGCUUCUUUAGCUGUACUCUAAGCACCAGUGAUCACUGCUGUAUCACACUAAACGACCACUGAAUCUGAGUUCAGAAUCCUUCACUUCUCCCUAAUCACUAAUUAGCGGUGCCUUGACUACAAGUUUGUAUUUCAUUACCAGGCCAGCGAUUCACAACAAUCAUAUCUAAAAUCAUUCUGAAAUGAAUGCGAUUCAUUGCCCGAAAAUUUUUAAUUUAUUUUGUAACAGCUUGGGUUGACUUAAAAAGAAAAACGGAAAUCCACACACAACCAUGAAUUAAAAACAAUAUUUACUGAUAUAUAUAUAUAUAUGUGUGUAAAAAAAAAAAAAAAAAAACACAAUAGUCACCUUAAAAAUUUACAAUCAAAAUGCUACAGGUAAUAUUCCUAAACUUUUAAAGAUGGGCCACAUCGGCCAUUGUUGACUGUCCUCUCAGUUUAAGGUGCGUACUUGCAGUUCUUGAAAAAGAAACAAAAUGGCCAUACUGUAAAGCUUUUAUGUUGCACGUGUUGACCUCUUCACUUUGGGGGUUUCCAUUGGGGCCUCCUUAGCAGUGGGUUCCUCGUGGUGUCCUCUCGAGGUUCCGCAGCCCAGACAGCGACCACAGUUGAGCUGUCAUUGUCGUUUACCUGUUCUGAUGGGUCUGCGUUGCGGCGAGGUUCAACAGCAGAAGGAUGUGUUCUGGGUAGACCUCUCCGGGGCCGUCUUUCAUCCAGGAGGUCCACGGAGGGAGCUUCCUCCAACGUGUCCAGCCGGUGCAGAGGAAAUCCCGCCCUGGACGAGGAGCGUGAGGGCGGGGCGAAGUGGGAACGUCUGGCAGGGAACGACAACUCCGACAUGGUUUCGUGAUUAUCUGCAAGCAAAACAAUCCAAAUGAAACGGAGCGAGUGUCAAAAUUAAAAAUGAUGCGAAAGAAUCAGCCUAAGUACAGCUCACUUGUUUUGAAUUGAAGAUUAAAUGCUGAUGCAAGUUUUUAUUUUUAUUCAUUUAUGUGCUGUUUUUAUGAGAUACACUUGAAUUGAAUCGUUAUUAAAUUUUAAGAAUAUG